CGCACCGUCGCUCCAGGCUGCCCCGGAGCCUCCGCCGCGCGCGCCGUCGCCAGCCUCGCGAAUAACAAAAGAACCAGGAAAAGUUGGAGAAGAUAAAGUAUAUUCAGUAUCCAGAUCAGGAGAUCAACAAGCCAGGAAAUGCACAAUUUUGAGGACGAGUUAACAUGUCCCAUUUGUUACAGUAUUUUCGAAGAUCCUCGAGUCCUACCAUGCUCUCAUACAUUUUGUAGAAAUUGUUUGGAAAAUGUUCUUCAGGCAACUGGAAACUUUUAUAUAUGGAGGCCUUUGCGAAUUCCACUAAAGUGUCCUAACUGCAGAAGUAUUAUUGAAAUUUCUUCAACUGGUAUAGAAUCCUUACCUGUAAAUUUUGCAUUGAGAGCAAUUAUUGAAAAGUACCAGCAAGAAGACCACCCAGAUGUUGUCACCUGCCCUGAACACUACAGGCAGCCAUUAAAUGUUUAUUGCCUACUAGAUAAAAAAUUAGUUUGUGGCCAUUGUCUUACUAUAGGCCAACAUCAUGGUCAUCCUAUAGAUGACCUUCAAAGUGCCUAUCUGAAAGAAAAGGAUACACCUCAGAAGCUGUUUAAACAGUUAACCGACACACACUGGACAGACAUCACCCGUCUUAUUGAAAAGCUUGAAGAACAGAAGUGUCAUUCUGAAAAAAUGGUUCAAGGUGAUAAGGAAUUUGUUCUUCAGUAUUUUAAGGAGCUUAGUGAUACAUUAGAACAGAAAAAGAAAUUUUUUUUGGCAGCUCUCUGUGACGUUGGCAAGCUGAUCAAUCAAGAAUACACUCCGCAGAUUGAAAGGGUGAAGGAGAUCAGAGAACAGCAGCUUGAGUUAAUGACAGUGACUACAUCUUUACAAGAUGAGUCUCCACUUAAAUUCCUAGAAAAAAUUGAUGAUGUCCGCCAACGUGUGCAGAUGUUGAAGCAGAGACCACUCCCUGAGGUCCAGCCUGUUGAGAUUUAUCCUCGAGUAAGCAAAGUAUUAAAGGAAGAGUGGAGCAGAACAGAAAUUGGACAUAUUAAGAAAGCUGUCAUUCCUGAAAUGAGAAUUUCUUCAAAAAGGAUGCCAUGUUCCUGGCCUGACAAGGAUGAAAAAGAACUCGAAUUCUUUAAAAUUUUAAAUAUUGCUGUAGUUUCACUGAUUUCAGUGAUAUUAAUGUUGAUACUCUUUUUCAACCAACACAUAAUCACCUUCCUAAAUGAAAUCACUUCAAUAUGUUUCUCUGAGGUCUCUUUGUCUGUUUACCAAAGUUUAUCUAAUAACUUAAAUGACUUAAAAAAUAUGGUACACUACACUUUAUAUUUGUUAAAGGAAAUCAUGUUGAAAAUAGUUUCUCGUUGAAAACCCAAAUGAACAGUUUUAAGUGGGCUUCUCCUGUUUAGCAGAGGCUAACCAUUGCUAGAUGGAAGUUGGGUAGCAUAAGUAGCAAACUUACAUAGAAAUAUGGUAAACCUUCCAUGGUUGGAUAGAAAUGGUGCCAGAAAUGAUAUAUUAUCUGAAAGAUUAUUCAAAUCAAGUUAGAAAAUUAUUUUUGAUUUGAACAUUUUUUGGCUUGAUAGUCAAAGUUUUAAAUCUAACAAGCAUAUCUUUUUUUUUUUACUAUAACAUGCUACAGUAGCUUUACAGUUCUUUGUAUGUGUAGAUACUAGAUUAGAAAAAAUUGACAAGAUCCUUGACCCACAUAUCUAUCUUGAUGUGAUUUGAAGCUUUUCAGUGUAUAGAUGUAGGUGGGAAAAGUUUUAAGAUUCAGGCUAGGAUUGCUUAAACAUCGUUUUGGUCAAACAUAAAUCAAAGAACAUUCAUUCCAAAUAGAGCUUUUGGAUAAUGCCAAGUGUCUAGUACUUAUUUUAUAUAAACUUUGAUUGUGUUUAGAAUUUGAGUUUAAUGGCUAGAGAAUCUCUUAUGUCAGGGUCAGUCUGGAUAUUGUAUUGACAUCUCUAAAAACCAAACAAAAAGGUUAAAAACGAGGCGGAGCCUUGCCUUGUCUCCAGCACCAGAAAGCAAAACAAUAUAUUUUGCAUUUGUAGUGUUUUAAUCUUGUUCUUACAUAAAAAGUAUAUGAAACAUGUAUAUUAUGACAAUCAUGUAAACUAUAUCUUAAAAUGGUCUCACUCUAAGUUGGCGAUGGUGGCGCUCUCGGGAGGCAGAGGCAGGCGGAUCUCUGAGUUUGAGACCAGCCUGGUCUACAGAGCUAGUUCCAGGACAGGCUCCAAAGCCACAGAGAAACCCUGUCUCAAAACCAAAAAAAAAAAAAAAAAAAAAGUCUCACUCUAUAGCCCAAGUACUGGGAAUUAUGAGUUGCCAUAAUUAGAUAAUCUUAAAAGAGCUCAGUAAGGCAACCUUUAAUUCCCUUAACAAGGACUAGCAUGAUGUUUGCAGUAUAACUUUGGAUCACUGUCACUAAAAUACCCAAAUGGGCUAUUCUUGAAUCCCUAGCUCUGGGGAUUUCAAAGAUCAGAUUACAAAACGCUCAGUUUAUCAUUAGGUCCUGGAGAGAUGGCUCUCCCUGAGGUUCUGUGUUUAGUUCCCAGCAGCUAUAUGGUGUGAUCUCAUGACCAUGUAUGAGAUCUGGUGCUUUCUUCUGGCAUGUAGGCAUACAUGCCAGCAGGAUGCUGUAUGCAAAAUUUAAUCAUUAGGUCCACUUACUUAACAGAUCAGAUUUUACCCAGCAUAAUUAUUAUAUACGGAGGCCAUUUGGAAGAUGGAGUGGAGGUGAGGGGGUACAGUGUUCAGUUUUUGACACAUAGGUCACACUGAGUGCUAUUUUUAAAUGUAAAUAUUAGCAAAGAAUGUUAGCUAAGACGUUUUUCAAGGGGCUACUAACUUCUUUGUACAGAUGAGCAACAAACCAAAGUAAUGCAGUGCCAUAUUAGGUGGGAGAAUGUUCUCAUCAGUGUUUAUCAUGCCUUAAAAGCUGCAGCAGGCCAAGACUGUUAUUAACCGAAACUUACGUUCCAAACUAAACAAGCAUAUGCCGAGUAUUACCUUAAAGCCUUGACAAUUUUUAGUGCGCAACUGUUUUCUGGUAAGUUAUUAUAUACUGUUUUAUAUCUUUACUAUGAGGCGGAGAUUGUACAAAAAACAUUUGGAAAUUCUGGGUUUUAUGUGUAACAAUAUAUUUGAAUAAACUUGGUAUUUUAUUGAAUGGCUUAGGAAUUGGCUUUGGAAUUUUUAUACAGAAGUUAGCUCUCAACUCCACCUAGUUAUUAAAAUGUAAUUUCAUUCACUUUUAUAUUUGUAGCAUGCUGCCGAUUUGUAGUGCUUUAUUAUGAAUCAUGAUAGGAAGCAUUUGACUAAUUCCUUAGAAACUGAAUAAGGCAAAUACU